GCGCGUUGGUCUUCCUGCUCGCAUUUUGUGUUGUUUUUGGAGAUAGACCGAAGGAGCGAAGAUGACAGAGGAGUCAGCGGUAAAAGUCUGCGUUCGAGUCCGUCCGCUUAUUGCGAGGGAAGAGAGUGCAUCCGAGAAUGCGGAGCCUGUCCAGAUUUUCUGGAAAGCUGACGAGAAAUCAAUUCACCAGAUUGAUGAUGGAAAUUCCACCAAGAGCUUCAGCUUUGACCGAGUGUUUGCCGCUGAUGAAACGACCAGUCAGCUGUACAAUGGCAUUGCAAAGCCUCUGGUUGUUUCCACUGUCGAGGGAUACAAUGGAACCAUAUUUGCUUACGGGCAAACUUCUUCUGGAAAGACCUUCACCAUGAUGGGGACCAGUCGCACCCCCGGAGUGAUACCUCAAGCUGUGGAGGAUGUCUUUCAAAGCAUUAAGAAUUUUCCCAAGAAGGAGUUCCUUCUCAGAGUGUCCUACAUGGAGAUCUACAACGAGACUGUGACGGACCUGCUUGUCGACAGCUGGAAAAGAAAACCUCUAGAAGUCAGAGAACAAAUCAAUAAAAACAUCUAUGUGGCUGAUUUGACUGAAGAGUUGGUUACAUCUCCUGCACAAGUCCUAGCAUGGAUUCGGAAAGGAGAAAAGAACCGACAUUAUGGCAAGACAAAAAUGAACCAGCGGAGCAGCCGAUCGCACACUAUUUUCCGGAUGAUCUUGGAGAGCCGGGAAAGGAGCGACCCAGCAUCAGGUGAAAGUAGUGAUGGAGCCAUCAUUGUGUCUCAUUUGAAUUUAGUGGAUCUGGCCGGAUCUGAGAGAGCAAGUCAAACUGGAGCUGAAGGUACACGUUUCAAAGAAGGCUGUAAUAUAAACCGCAGCUUGUUCACGCUCGGCCAAGUGAUAAAGAAACUGACCGACGAAAACCAGAAGGGUUUCACCAACUACAGAGACAGUAAACUGACCCGCAUCCUGCAGAACUCGUUGGGUGGGAAUGCUAAAACUGUCAUUAUCUGCACCAUCACCCCGGUCACUCUGGAUGAGACCCUCAGCACUCUACAGUUUGCAAGCACAGCAAAGAAAAUGAAGAACGACCCUCACGUAACAGAGGUGUCAGAUGAUGGGGCUCUGCUCAAAAGGUAUCGCAAUGAAAUUGCAGAACUCAAGCGACGACUUCUCGAGGUUUCUUCAGUCACGCAGACCACUGUGACAGAGAAGGAGGUUCUCUCCCAGCUGCUCCAAGAGAAGGAUCAGCUGCAGAGAGAAAAAGAGGGCCUGAAGAGAAAUCUGGCCAAUCUCCUUGUGACAAGCUCAAAUCUGGUCCCAGUCCAGAAGAUUCCAAGCCGCAGGGUUACCUGGGGAGGAAAGAUGGUAAAACUUGGCCAUCCAUCUGGCUGUGUGGGGAGUUUCUCUGAUCUCAGCUUUGCAGAAUCUUUCACUCAGAAGAGAACUCAGUCAGAUUUCUCCUGCCUGAUGGAGCUGGGUGAAGACGAUGAGGACUUUGACUCCAACUGGGGAAUUCCAGAUGAGCCGUCAGAUGAAAUGGAAAUGAGUCGAAGCUCUGUGACUGUUCGUAGCUUGGGAGACAGUCCCAGAGACUUCAUGUCUCCUGAUCGUCUGCAAGAACUUUCAGGCAAAGUGUCCAGUCUGGAGAUGCAGCUGGAACAGGAGAGUCAGGAGAAAGAGACGGCCCUGUCAAAUUUAGAUGUGUUAAAGGGCAGAGUGGCAGAGCUGCAGCUGGAGCUGGAAACGGAGGUGCAACAUAGACAGGAAGCACUGGAAAAAGUGCAGACUGGAGAACAGAGGAGAGCAGCGCUGGAAGCGCUGCUGCACACUGAAGCUCAGCAGAGGCUGGAGGCCACACAGAAAGCUGACACGUUGGAGCUGAGAGUGAUGGACUUGGAGAAACAACUGGGAGAACACAGUGACGUGGACACUGAGACAAAUGAACAGAUGAGAAAAGAGUUUGCUGAGACCAUCCAGCUUUGUGAAACUUUGGCGUCAGAGAAGGACUUGGUGGCUGCAGAGCGAGACUACCUGAAACAAGAGCUGGGCAUGUUUAUAGAGCAAAUGGAGCGUCUGGAGACAGAGAAGGCUGCUGUAUUACAGGAGCUAGAGGAGAAGAGGGAGAUGGACGAGUUCAAAUCUCUAGAAGAGGGGUGCAGGAAGGAGAACGAGAAAGAGUUAGAAAAUGAAAUUGUAAGCUUGAAGAAAGCUGUUGAGUCCUCUGAACUCCAGCGUAUGCAGCUCCAGAAUGAAAUCAAGACUCUGACUGAACAGCUGAAGAAGAAGGAAACAGAAUUUGCACAUGAGAUGGAGAACCUGGGCAGUAAGGACUUGGUGCAGGAGGUGCUGAAGCUUCGCCGCUCUCUGGAUGAUGCAGAGCUGCUGAGCAGAGACACAAGGAAGGAGUGGGCUGUCCUACGCAGUCGCAGCAUUUCUUUGGAGGAGACGAAUGUGACUCUGACUGCCAGCCACGAGAAAAGGGAGGCGGAGGUGAAGAGUCUGCGUUUUCAGCUGGAGACGGAGAAGUCGCGUUACAGAAAGAUGCAGAGCGAUCUCCAGAAGGAGCUGAAUGUCGCAUUUGAUGAGAACACAAAGCUCACCACUCUGCUAGAUGGCAAUGUGCCUAAAAAUCUGAUUGACAGCAUAGAGCUUGAGAGAACUGUUGCCAAUCUAAAUAAAGAGUUGAUGGCAUCUCGUCAAGUGGAGACGGCCUUGAGAGCUCAGCUAGAUGAGCUGGCUGUAUGUCAGACUCUCCCAGAUAAAGUGGACGCCUUGGUAAAGCAGCUUGAAGGAAGUGAGCAGAAGCGAGGAGCUCUGGAAGGAAAACUGAGCGACGUGCAGCAGCUGAUCAAGGAUUUGGAGGAGAAGCUUGCUGACAGCGAAGCUUCCAGAAGCACUGAGGAGGAGAUUAGCAGAGAGCUUCAAGAACAAAUCAGCCAGUUAAAUGAAGAACUUCGGUGUGUGCGAGCUGAGAAAGCCGAGCUCCUGUCCGAGCAGAGCACUGCUGAUCAGAGGUUUGCAGAGGAGACUGAGAAGCUGCUCUCUGCUGUAACAUCUGUGACCGCAGAGAGAGACGAGCUCAGGUUGAAGCUGCAAGAACACGUGGACAAGGUUGCUGAGAUGCAGGUUGUUCUACCGUCUGUUCAGGAUGAGCUUCAAACACAAAAAGAAAAGAAUUCAGAUCUCGUGAAAGCUCAUGAGCAGAAAGAGUCUGAUUUAGGGGAGAAGAUGCUGAGGCUAUCACAGGAGCUGCAGUGUGUGCGAGAUGAGAAAGAGGCUCUCCUGAUGACGACCUUUCAGAGGGAAUCGGAGGAUGUGGAGAAGCUGAGCGCUACCUUGGCUUCUCUCACUGCUGAGAGAGACCAGCUCAGGACGGACCUGCAGGAAAAUGUGGAAAUGAUGAUUGUGAAUCAGGAGGAACUGAGGACGGCCCUGGAGCAAAACGGCGAGCAAAGGAAGCAGAUCAAAGAGCUAGAAGAACAAAUAUUGAAGCUGGAUGGGCUUCCCAGUGAGCACAAUGAUAAGCUGGUGGAACUGCAAACACAUGUAAAGGCUUUGACUGAGGAGCUGGAGAGUGUGAGAGCAGAGAGAGACAGUCUGCUGUCUGAGAAGGAGCUCAGCACUCAGACCUCCACAGAGGAGAUGGAGAAGCUGCUGUGCAGAGUGACGUCUGUCAGCGAGGAGAGAGACGAGCUGCAGGAGAUCCUGGAGGGUCUGACGCAGGAGAAGCAGCAGCUCCGGGCAGAGCUGGAGGACAGGGUGGAGAUGCUGCAGGGUGCUCUGCAGGCUGUCACAGAGGAGAAGAGCCAGUUGGAGGGUGAUCUGCAGCGUAGUACAGUCACGGCUGCUGAGGCUCAAAGUCUCAUGCAUUCCCUUCAAGAGCAGCUCAAAGAACAAAAUAAAAACUGCGAUCUCGAAAGAGUUGGUCAAGAAACGCAGGCUCAGCUGAAACUACAGGUCGAGGAGACCAACUGUCUACUUCAGUGUCUUCAAGAGGAGCUAAAGGAGCAGAAACAAAAGCUGUGUGAUCGUGUGCAACUCUAUGAGCAAAAGGAAGUGGACUUUACACAUCAGUUAACGAACCUCUCUGAGGAGCUUGACAGCGCCCGAGCAGAGAGAGAUGCCCUGUUGCUUCAGAAGGAACAGACAGAGAGCAGACCGAGCAGUGGCAAAGAUGCAGGCAGUACCCUCCAGUUACAAGAGCUCACAGACCAGAUUCAGAGACUGACUGAGGAGCUGGAGAGUGUGAGAGUAGAGAGAGACAGUCUGCUGUCUGAGAAGGAGCUCAGCACUCAGACCUCCACAGAGGAGAUGGAGCAGCUGCUGUGCAGAGUGACGUCUGUCAGCGAGGAGAGAGACGAGCUGCAGGAGAUCCUGGAGGGUCUGAGGCAGGAGAAGCAGCAGCUCCGAGCAGAGCUGGAGGACAGGGUGGAGAUGAUGACUGAGAACCAGGAGGAGCUGAGGGUUUCUCAGGAGAACAUCAGAAUCCUACAAGAUGAGAUCAACCUGCUGAAGAGUGAAAAGGCAGACCUGGAGAGCAGGCCGAACAGUGGCAAAGAUGCAGGCAGUACCCUCCAGUUACAAGAGCUCACAGACCAGAUUCAGAGACUGACUGAGGAGCUGGAGAGUGUGAGAGUAGAGAGAGACAGUCUGCUGUCUGAGAAGGAGCUCAGCACUCAGACCUCCACCGAGGAGAUGGAGAAGCUGCUGUGCAGAGUGACGUCUGUCAGCGAGGAGAGAGACGAGCUGCAGGAGAUCCUGGAGGGUCUGACGCAGGAGAAGCAGCAGCUCCGAGCAGAGCUGGAGGACAGGGUGGAGACGCUGCAGUCUGAGAUAAGGACUCUGACCGAUGCAUUGAAAAUGGCUGAAGCAGAAGGAGCACGGCUGCUGUCUGAGAAGGAGCUCAGCACUCAGACCUCCACCGAGGAGAUGGAGAAGCUGCUGUGCAGAGUGACGUCUGUCAGCGAGGAGAGAGACGAGCUGCAGGAGAUCCUGGAGGGUCUGAGGCAGGAGAAGCAGCAGCUCCGGGCAGAGCUGGAGGACAGGGUGGAGACACUGCAGUCUGAGGUUGCUGAGAUGCAGGUUGUUCUACCGUCUGUUCAGGAUGAGCUUCAAACACAAAAAGAAAAGAAUUCAGAUCUCGUGAAAGCUCAUGAGCAGAAAGAGUCUGAUUUAGGGGAGAAGAUGCUGAGGCUAUCACAGGAGCUGCAGUGUGUGCGAGAUGAGAAAGAGGCUCUCCUGAUGACGACCUUUCAGAGGGAAUCGGAGGAUGUGGAGAAGCUGAGCGCUACCUUGGCUUCUCUCACUGCUGAGAGAGACCAGCUCAGGACGGACCUGCAGGAAAAUGUGGAAAUGAUGAUUGUGAAUCAGGAGGAACUGAGGACGGCCCUGGGGCAAAACUGCGAGCAAAAGAAGCAGAUCAAAGAGCUAGAAGAACAAAUAUUGAAGCUGGAUGGGCUUCCCAGUGAGCACAAUGAUAAGCUGGUGGAACUGCAAACACAUGUAAAGGCUUUGACUGAGGAGCUGGAGAGUGUGAGAGCAGAGAGAGACAGUCUGCUGUCUGAGAAGGAGCUCAGCACUCAGACCUCCACCAAGGAGAUGGAGCAGCUGCUGUGCAGAGUGACGUCUGUCAGCGAGGAGAGAGACGAGCUGCAGGAGAUCCUGGAGGGUCUGACGCAGGAGAAGCAGCAGCUCCGGGCAGAGCUGGAGGACAGGGUGGAGACGCUGCAGUCUGAGAUAAGGACUCUGACCGAUGCAUUGAAAAUGGCUGAAGCAGAAGGAGCACGGCUGCUGUCUGAGAAGGAGCUCAGCACUCAGACCUCCACCGAGGAGAUGGAGAAGCUGCUGUGCAGAGUGACGUCUGUCAGCGAGGAGAGAGACGAGCUGCAGGAGAUCCUGGAGGGUCUGAGGCAGGAGAAGCAGCAGCUCCGGGCAGAGCUGGAGGACAGGAUGCAGAUGAUCUCAGCCAUCCAGGACAAGCUGAGUCAGCUGAACAUGCAGCAGCAGCCUGAGAGAGGAGAGCAAGAAGCCAAGCUGCAACAAGACAUACUGCAGCUUAAAGAGCAAGUUCAAAUGCACACAGAAAGACGCGCUCAGGCUGAAAGUGAAGCAGAUGCAGUGCAGCAGUUGCUCAGCGAAGCGAACGCAACCAUCUCUGCUCUCAGAGAGCAGCUCAGCAGGUCAGAGCCGAGCACCAGCGGGGCUAAGGAGCUGCUGUCGUCACAACUGCAAGACACACAGCUUGAGGAGUCCUUCAAAAGGUUCCAGCAAUUCAUAAACACUUGUUGUAGUUAUGACAAUAUAACUCAGGACAAGGGCCUGAGGGAGCGGCGUUCCCUGAAGCAUCCUCUUCCCAAGGCCACCAAGGAUGCCUAUGAUGCGGUCUUUCAGCUGGGACAGUCAACUGAUGAAAAUCUCAGAAAAAUUCAAGAGCUGCUGCGUGUGAAGGCACUUGGCUACAGGAACAUUUUUGAGGAGCUGGUGAAAAACGACUUGGCCGUCUUCGAGGAGAGACGGCUGCAGGAUGUGCUUCUAUGCAGAGCGCAGGCGCCCAGCCACUCUGUUCAAGUCAAGGGCUUUGACGCACUGUGGGAGCAGAGACUGCCUGAGCUGCUGGACAGGAGGCAACUUUACAUGGAGAAAAUGAGCAGCAUUUUGGACAAGCUCUGGGACCACAUGACCUCCUACCUCCAUGAGCUGAAGGAUGAGAUUCAAGAACGAUUCAAGUUCAAUAAGCAGCUGCAGGUCCUGAUCACCAACCAGCCAAUUAGCUUCAGUGGGCUGGACAGCAUCCUGGAGCUGGAGUCUGACCGCAGAACGGCGGGGAUACAAAGCAAGAAAUGUCUUCUGCAGAGUAUCACUGAUGAGCAGAAGGGUCCGUUUGAAGAGCUAAAACAGCUGGAGGCUGAGGCAGCGUCUCACCUUAGGGAGGUGAAAAGCAAAAGUUCCACUUUGCUGCAGGCGCUGGAGGAGGGAGCGCUUCUGACAGUCGCAGCUCUGCUGAAGGAAACCCAGCAGCUAGCUUCUCAGCUGAAACACGCAGAGGAAAAAGUGAAAGCUCUGCAUAUUCAAACUGAGCAGCUGGAGGAGGCACGCAUCAAAGCUGAUGCCAAAGUUUCCAACCACAAAGAGGCAACACAACUCCUGCAGACUGAGCUGCAGGACAACCGUGCACUAGUUGAAGAGAAAGAGAACGCUAUACAAGCUCUGAAGAGCAAAAUUCGAGAAUCUGAGAAAAAAUCAUCACCCAGUGUGGCUGAGCUGGAGAAGCUUCAGACCAAGCUGUUGCAGUUGGAGAUGAAGCUCAGCUCAGCAUCCGACGAACACAAACGAGAGAUCCAGGCGAUGAACACACUGUUGGAGGAAAAAGAAGAGUUACUGAGGAAGCUUAAAGAGACUUUGAGAAAAUCCCAACAGGAGGGAGAAGAGUCGUUCUUGCAGGGUAAAGACCUUCAUGCCAGACUGACCAACCCCAGGAGUUCUGUGGUCAGCAGCAGUAUUCUGAUGGAGAAAUCCAAGCUGGAGAAGGAAGUCAGCCAGCUUCACAUGAAAAUCACAGAACUGGAAAGUGUGGUUGCCAGUCAGCAGGCUGAGAUUACCAAGUGGAAGAACAGAGCCAUCAAACUAAAGGUGAGGAACAAAGUGGAAGAGGACAAGCUUCAGUCACCUAGCACUCCCACCAAGAGGGGCUUUCCCAUGACCUCUGACUCCUCUAACCUGCUGAGCUCACCUAAAAAGUUUUUGAUACCUGCCAAGAAGCUCCUGGACACUCCCAGGAAGGGUUUGGAGUCACCCAGAAAGCUGCUGGAUUCGCCAAAGGCCUCUCUCCUCGAAUCCCCCAAAAGCAGAUUCUUUGAUGUGGGCGGAAGCUCUGAGACACUGUCCCGAAACUGUCCCAAGCAGUUCUUCGACAACUCGAGCCUUGGAACCAUUCCAGAGGUUUCCCGUGUUCCUGAAACAGCAGCUCCAGAACAGGAUGUUACUGUGGACACGGACAAAAACGAGUGGUGGCCAAAGUCUCCAAAACAGGAAGAAAUGUGUAAAACACAAUAACGUGUUUGUAAAGAGCAGUAUUUUUACCUUUGUUUGUAAUGUUUAUGUACUUUUAUUUCCCACUUUCAUUUUUCCCUUUUCAUCCUGUUCUAAGA